CAUCUUUUGUUCCUCUCUCUCUUUCUCUCUCAUCGCUCGACUUUCAUUCACCCAUCCGUCGAAAAGUGACGGCUUCCUACUUUCCUUUCCCUCUCAGAAUGCUCCUACAGCUUAUCCUUGACCGGCUUCUCUAAGCGUUCGACCAGCGAUUUCUUUGCACGACACCCCGCAUUCCGCCACUUAUCUCAUUUGCCCCAGUCCCUCUUUUCGCCUACCAACAUCAUGGAUCGUCAUGACCACGUUUCAUUGCUGUCCUCGGAUCCUUACGAGACCUACCAAUACUCGCCAGAUCCCAACAACUCUUCACCCGUUGACUCCUCGAUAUCUAGCCCACCCAGAAGAAAGCGUCGCCGCCUGAGUCGCCUGAGCGCAGAAAACCACCCCCCAGAGUUUGAUCAUGAGAAUCACGGAGAGACGGAACCAGCCACAUCAAUAGACCUGACUGAACCGGAAGGUCCGUCGGCGCUUUCGAAGACUCUAGCAAAACAACGUGAAGACGCAAUUAAAGCUCAACAAGGCGCCAAAAACGAGGGGGGUCGGUCUCUGUUGACGGCGUAUAAAUGUCCAGUGUGCAUGGAUACGCCUGUUGAUGCCACCAGUACCGCAUGCGGGCAUCUCUUUUGCCAUAAAUGCAUUAUUGACACGUUGAAAUUUAGCGAGGAACAACGCGCCGAUACUUCUGGGAAAACUCCACGAGGAACUUGUCCUGUUUGUCGAAAGCCUCUCACACGAAACGAUGUCCCGGGCCCGCGAAGAAACCUCAUACCACUGCAGCUCAAACUUACGACCAGAAAAAGAGAUUGAACAUCGAUGGAAGGCGUGAUGGACCCUAGAUUUACGACGAAACGACACUUGAUAUUUCCAAAAUAAUUACCCAGAUACCCUAUACAGCUAGUGUGCUCCUUGAAACAAUUGUUCUGCACAAAUAGGCCGAUUCGGGCCGGUUUUUGUCCAAUGAGACUGAACGCCUGCCCACAUCGUCAGUGCGCGACUCCGAGAUCCCUGAAUUUAGCGUAUGCAUUGAACAUGUCCUACCACGAAGAUGUCUCCCUUCCUUCCAUAACGAAAUCGGCCAGAUCAGGCUAUCCCUGACUCGUGGAUUAAGUUCGCACACUGGAACGUUCCCGUUCUCCGUAUCUAGCAUCUCACAAUCAAUUGGCAUGGACCCUGAC